UCUUCACACACUCAUAGUGCCUGGCAUGCAGAAUAUAUUCCGUCAAAAACAGUUCACUGCAGUAUUAGAAUGGGAACUCCCUUUCUCUUUUCCCCCAUUCUGCCUCCUUCUCUUACUCGUCUCUCCCCAGCGCCAUCUCCACCAGGCUCUGGGGCGGCGCUGUCGUGGUGGACGUCGGGACAAGGGCGUUCUCCCGUCGAGGCCAAGAGGACGUCGCGGGGAAUCUGUGGGGAGAGGCGGCCUUCCCUUGCCGUUCCCUCUUGCUCGACUUGACAGGAAAUGCGACUCAGUUUUUGGAUUCCUCAAGACGUCCGGAGUGUCUCUGUACCCGGGGAUGCGAACGGUGCUGGUGGGGCCGCAGCACCAGAUGGCAGACGCGCUCCAACACCCCAGCCUAAGAAACGCAAUCCACGCAAUCUACCUCGCACUCAAAGAUGGCGUGAGCAAGGGCGUGUUUGUUUAUCGACGCUGUCUUUAUUGCGAUGGCGGAGAAAUGGGGGUUCGGCUACUUGACCAGUGGCAACUGAAAUCGGAUCCCUCGCGAUUUCCGAAUCCCUUUUCUGAAGAAAUCGGCGACUUCAUGGGUCACAAUUUUCGCAUCGUUGCAAGGUUUUACUUCCCGACCAUCGACUACACGCGAGAUACGGAUGUGAACGGAACCACAGUCACGCUGCGGGAUUCUCUCAACGCUCGCAUGCUCGUGACCAUUGCCGCCAAGCUCAAUUUCACAUACGUUAUCCGUGAACCAAAGGACAGGGAGUGGGGAGCGCUGCUUGAAGGAGGAAACUGGACAGGUUUAGUAGGAACCCUUCAGCAGGAGGAAGCUGACUUCUCAAUGACCAUCACUCCCACGGCGCCCAGACUCCUGGCGAUGGAUCAGGCCAGGACACCACAAUCUCGUCGCUGCAUGGCAUGGCUUUGCCUAGGGACGUCUUAUCAACCAAGCAAAGUACAGACUCUCGACUUGGUUAUUCCAAGCCAUAUGCCAGUUAGAUUAUUCAAGAGCCUCUCUUGUCGUCUUUCAGGCACGGUCUGGUUAAUUUUGGCAAUAUCUGUUUUCGCGACGGGCGUGUCUCUCUUCGUCUUACUGCGGGCGUGGUCAAGGCUGUCAGGCAAACCCGUCUUCAGUCUGAGCACCGCGCUCUUCUUCUCUUGGGGGACGGUGCUGGAAGACCCCCCACCGACCGCCCCAGAGCUCAACGGGCAGGGUAUAAGCAAAAAGAAUGAAGAAAAUAGAUUCUAUUAUUCAGUUGUGGUGAUUUGCCUGGCCAUACUAAGUGUGGUUGCGGGUUCUGGCUAUCGCUCCUCCCUGGCCGCACACUUGACUGUUCAGCUCAAGGAAGCCGAAGUCAACACAUUCCGCGACUUGACUGCACGCAGGGGCUGGCGGUGGGGCAGCGAGCUUCUCUUGGGCGCAUCGAGGUCGUACUUCGAGCUCAGCACGGACCCUGUUGUCCAAGAAGUAUUCCGGCGGAUGGAGACACACGAGCUAGAUGAGAACAUGGAACUGGUGCUACAAGGUGGCUAUUCCUUCAUCACAACGAAGUUCCAGAACACGGCCGUGGUGGCGCUGCAAUAUACACACGCCCGUGGGUACUCGCCCAUUCACACCAGCCGUGUAGAGUAUCCAAAGUUUGCAGGGACUUCUUGGGGAUUCAGGAGAGGCGCUCCAUUCCGUCGGCAAAUUGCGAGGGCAAUGCAGCAGCAAAUAGAAGCAGGACUUAUUGACUACUGGCUCGAAGAUGUGGUGAAGGAGAGAGUUAUAGAGGAGAGGAAUGACACAAACCAAGUCCAAAAAAGUGCUGUUUGGGAUUACACACCUGAUGAUGGCAACGACCGAGUUCCUCUGACCGUGAGCCAUCUGCAAGGCGGCUUUUACCUCCUGUUCCUGGGUCACUUCAUCGCACUCAUCGUCUUCGUUGGGGAGAAGUGCUGCCCCAUAAGACGAGAGGAAAAUGCGGGAUGAUGAAACGCUGGUGCCGAUUGGUGAUUUUUGCGGCUUGGGGAAACAAAUUUCCUAUUCGGAGCCAUUGUUAUACCUUAGCAUGGCAUUCAAACUACGGCACAUCACAAUUAAUAAAAAUUAAUUUCCUACCGACAAUAAAGCUCCAACAGUGAUCUGGGUUGGAACUCAUUUACACAUCAGAAUGCCCAGUCCUGUAAAAGAAAUACCACAACAUAUAUAUGAAACCAAAUAACUAGCUAAACUUCUCACUUUAAAAUGUGACCUUAAUGAUUGGUAUGCAUGAUGAUAAUGUUGGCAAUCAGUAAAUGUAGCCCAAUAUAUGACAAGUAAUUAGCCACUGCAAUGGAUGACAUAACACCAUCGUAAACUAAUAUAGAAUUGAUGUAAUAUUCCAAAACCUAAAGUUUAGAAAUAAAAGAGGAUUCUGCUAGCUCUGAAGAAAACAAGAUUGGAGAAGUAAUUCGGUAAAAACAAU